CAGAAGGUGGCAGUAGUGCAACUCCAGCUGCCGUUAAACCACCAAAGAAGAAGAAAACAAACCAUCGGGCGGGUUUAGUUUGGGUUGUUGUUGAUAUUUCACAAAGCAUUUCUCUGAACAAACGAUGCAUCGGUGGGAUUUGUCUCCGUUCUCAGUGACUCCAGCUGCCAGCCUGUUGGCCAGAUGUGUCUCCAAAGAUAUUCUGUCUCAGGGGGAAAUAGACUCCGCCUCCUCCAGGCUGAGCCCCGUCUUCUCCAAUCAGCUGCACGAGGCUGAACAGCGAAUCAGAACGCAGAGACAGCUGGACCAGCUGCAGCUUGAGAUGGAUCUACUGAAGAUGGAGAAGAAGACCGCUGACGUCACAAACAGUUUCUACCUCUCUCGGAGGUUCCAGAUGUUGCAGAUGUUCUGCAGCCACCUGCAGGGUCUCCUGAAGGAGCAGAACAGUCUGAGGCAGCGCCUGAUGAAACCUCUGGGUCGAACCAACCUGCCCGUCCAGGCUCACCUGCAGAGGUUCGUGGUGGACGUGGUGAAGAUGCUGCUGGACUUCAUCCAGACUCUGGAGGAGAAGCUGACGUCGGUGCGCUGCAGUCCGUCCGCCAUCGACCGCCUCGCUCAGCUGAACACGUCUCUCGCUCAGCUACUGGCUCAUGUGGCGGAUGUGGAGAGUUUGUCCAAUCAGGUGCUCCAGAGGAAGGAGGCGCACAGCAGCAAGCAGAGUGACAGUUCUGCUGGAUGACCCUCUUCCUCCUCCUCAUCCUCCUCCUCCUAAUUUUAUCUGAUAAGCACCUUAACAUGCAUACUGUUUCUGAGUUUUUAAUAUAAUUGUGUCAAAUAUUGCUAUUUGUUUUAAUAAAACCUGAUGUUGGUAGAAACUUUUCAGAAG